GUUUUCUUCCAAUGAAAGUUUGACAUGUCAUUUCCUCAUACAAAGGCUGUAACAACUAGGAAGUGUUUAUUUUGGAUUUGUUCUCAGAGAAAUCUUUAUUCAGUUUCAUGUUUGCUGUGUCUAAAUGGCGCUCGAGGAUGAGCUGUCGUGUCCCGUGUGCACUGAUGUCUUCAGAGACCCGGUGUUACUGAGCUGUGGACACAGUUUCUGCAGACAGUGUAUUAAUGAUCACUGGACCUCCAGCAGCUCCAGAAACUGUCCCGUCUGUAGACAGCUGUCCCCGCAGGAACCAGUGUCCAACCUGUGCUUGAGGAACACCUGUGAGACUUACCUGAGAGAGCAAAACACGAGGAAAGAGAGGGAUGAAGAACACGAGUGUCAGAUACACGGAGAGAAAAUCAAGCUGUUCUGUCAAACAAAUUAA